GCGAGACGGAGGGACGGAGGGGAGUCUUGGAGGGAGAUAUUCCUUGUGCCCGAUGAACAUGUGGCUGCAAAGCCUCAGCAAUUCCCACGCUCCAGAGGAAAGCCUCCAUCAAGUCUAACACUCAACCUCAAGCAGUCUCCCACAGACAACCCCUUGGAAGCCCCAGAAGCCAGACUCCUUCCCAAAUAAGAACUUAGCCCGUAGGAUAAAGGAAAAAGAUCUUAAUAUUUACUUGGUUCAAGCCACCAGGAAGUGAGAGAGAAGACCCCAUGGCCAAGUUCACAGCCCAGGGGAACCUCAGGCUGCUCUUCAAGGGAGACAGUGCCGCUUUUUGGUGCGAACUGAGAGACUCGGUCAGGUUCAGGGUUGGUGGGGGACUUGAGAGGCCUCUUGGGAUCCACAGGUGGAGCAGAGGGGUGAAGUCCCUUAGGCCUGGCAGGGUUUGGUCUCUGGGGAAUAAGAAGUCCAGCAGCUUCAAGGCUGAGAAGUGUUUGAAUGGUGGUGAUGAUGAUGAUGAUGAGGAGGAGGAGGAGGAGGGGGAGGAGUUUGUGAGGGAUGAGCUAUCCUAUUUCAGAGGAUUGGUGUUAGAUAUCUCUUAUAGGCCUAUCAAUGUUGUUUGCUGGAAGCGUGCGAUCUGUCUGGAAUUUAUGGAGAAGGCUGAUGUUUUAGAAUAUUAUGAUCAGACAGUUUCUUCUCCUCAGGGGUCCUUCUACAUUCCUGCAGUCUUGAGGGUCCCAAAUUUGCUGCAGGUUGUCAAGAGAAGAAGAAUCAAACAUAACCUUAGUCGUAAAAGCAUUUUUUAUAGGGAUUCUUACUCUUGUCAAUAUUGUUCUUCUCGUGCGAAUUUGACUAUUGACCAUGUUUUACCAAUUUCACGAGGUGGUGAAUGGAAAUGGGAAAAUCUGGUUACGGCAUGUGCAAGAUGCAACUCAAGGAAGGGUCAGAAAACUCUUGAGGAAGCAAAUAUGAAGUUGAUCAAGAUCCCAAAGGUCCCCAAAGACUACGACAUACUCACCAUCCCCUUAACAUCAGGCGUUGCGAAAAUGCUGAAGAUGAGAAAAGGGGUGCCUGAAGAGUGGCUACAAUACCUAUCAAAGCCAAGUCCCUAAUCAUGAUAUUAGUUAUUUCCACUGCUCAAUAAGUAGCUCCCGGCUCUCUGUGGGUGCCACUCUGUUGCUAAAUUGUACACCAGAAAUCCAUUCCUAUAAUAUUAGGUCUUUUACACCUCAUUGUAUUCUCGACACCCUACUCAUCUGUCUAUAGCUGAUGUUCUAACUUUCAUUCACCAUCCUAUUAAAUAGUCACACUGUCA